AUGCUAAGUACUAUAAAAGAGUUAUUGGAUGCAUUAGGAUCUAGUUUAGAAGCGGACACUGUUUUGGAUUAUAUUCAAAAUGAUCCUAAUUACGGAAAUAGUAACCCUUCUUCCAAGCAAGUUAACGAGUACGCACAAAGAUUAGCUUUAAAAGCAUCGAAUGCAAAAGCAUUUUUAAAGAAGUAUGAUGACUUAAAGAAUAAGAACACUGAUAAUUUGUCAGAUAUAAUAGUACUAUUUUACAAAUUGGUCUGUGAUGAGAAGAGGUCUAAAAUUCAUAAACCAAAAGUUGCCCCAAAACCAAUAUUAGGUGAUAACAAACAUCAAAUUACCAAGGAAGAUCUGCCACAGAUAAAAGAUAAAUUACUUAAAGCUGUUGAUGAAAGCAAGAAGUUAGUUAUGAAGUCAUUUGAAGAGAAAGAAUCAAAACUUCGACCGAAUUGGUAUAACAGUUUAGACUUGCCGAACUGGCAAAAAGAUCAUCCAGCAAUGUCAUGGGAUUUUCCAAAGGAACCAGUUGCAAUUAUUGCUUCAUUAGCUGGAAUACCAAUAGCAUCACAAGAAAAUAUAAUCAUAGAUGAACUCCUCUAUAUUUUUUCUGGUGUACCAGGCAAUUACAUUGUGCACCAACGUGUAAAAGACACAUUUGACCCUCGAACAUUUCUAAUAUCUGAUGAUUUGGAUGAUGCAUUGAAACAGAUGGUGCAACAGAUGCUGCCUUUAGCAUCUAAUUACUCCAUAGUAAGGAGAUUUAUAGAGCACUGCAAUAUGUGGUCUGGUCAAGUGUUACAUGCCUUAGUCUCUGCAAUAGAGAUUUUACUGAAAGACUAUUAUACAAUGAUAGCACAAUUGGAGACUGAACACAUGUCUGGAAAUUUAUCACUGCAAAAACUUUGGUAUUUUGUUCUACCCACUAUGCAUACCAUGCAAGUAUUAGCAGCCAUUGUAACAAAUAUUGGAAAGAGCGAGUUACGAGGAGGCGCUGUCUUAACUGUUCUUCAUGAUAAAACGAGUACAUUAAUGGGUGAUGGCAGGGCACAAGAAAUAUCAUUAUUUCUAACAGAACGAGCUUGUCGUCCAUAUCUGAGUAUACUAGACCAAUGGAUACAUAAAGGCACUAUUGUUGAUCCAUUUCAGGAAUUUAUGAUUGAAGACAAUGAGUUGGUUAAUAGAGAAGAGCUGCCGGUAGAUUACUCAGCUGAUUACUGGGAAAAGAGAUAUAGCGUACAAAGGGAAAGAGUUCCAAAGUUUCUUGAUAAAUUCACAGAUAUUAUACUAAGGACGGGAAAAUAUUUAAAUGUUAUUAGCCAAUGCGGUAAAUCAAUAGCAAAAACGAAUACUGAAGACAUAAAAUACUCGCUAAGGGAACAAAACUACAGUGCCAUAAUACAGAAGGCGUACGCUUUCGCUAGCAAGUCGUUAUUAGAACUGUUACUUAAGGAGUAUGACUUGAUGGGAAGACUUAAAUCAGUCAAGAACUAUUUCCUGAUGAGCCAAGGUGACUUCAUUGUGCAGUUUAUGGAUGCUACAGAACAGGAGUUGUCGAAGAAAAUAGAUGAUAUUAUCCCAUCGAAAUUAGAAUCAUUGCUUGGGUUAUGCUUGAGGUUAUCAGCGGCAAGUCAUGACCCUUACAAUGAAGACAUGAGAGUGGAACUUUUACCUUACGACUUACAAUUUCAAAUGUUUAAGAUUUUAUCAAUUGAGACUGAGGAUGAAAAAGAAUACAAACAAAACAAAGACUGUCCGCCUUUAACUGGUAUUGAGACAUUCUCAUUCGGUAUGGAGGUGAAAUGGCCGGUGUCGCUUAUCUUAAACCAUAAGGCAAUUGCUUGCUAUCAAAUGAUUUUCAGACAUCUGUUCUAUUGCAAGCACAUAGAGAGAUUGCUUUGCAGAGUAUGGCUGUACAAUAAGGUGGUGAAACGUUUCUCCGAGGCGCGUCUGUACGCGGACGCGUUCGCACUGCGCCAGCGCAUGUUGAGUUGCAUACAGCACUUGCAGUACUACAUGUGUGUCGAAGUCAUAGAGCCCUCGUGGUGUCAACUCAUACAGAGCUUGGAUAAGGUGAAUAACGUAGAUGAAGUUCUGGAACGCCACAACGAUUUUCUGGAGUCGUGCCUGGGCGACUGUAUGCUUACGAGCCCUCAGUUGUUGAAGGCUGUUACAACACUUUGCCUUGUUUGUGUACAGUUCUGCACUUUUAUACAGGAGAUGCACAAGUACUUCGUGGACGCAGAGCUUAACAGUAUGCUUGGAUCAACAUACGACAAUACAGAUUAUAGUGAGGGUGCGGAUUGUGGUACAACUAUGAGCGCAUCGUCCGAUUCGUUCGCUAGUUCUGUGUCACGCUAUGGACGCCGCUUUACCGCAGCUUUACUGUCCAUGCUGGCAAUCAUAGAAAGCAUGGCCCGAGACAAUAACACUAAUAAACUUCUUAACAUUUCCGCCAGAUUAAAUUUCAAUACAUACUACGUCAAGCAAUUGGAGAAAUUUUGUUCAGACGAUAAACUGCUGAGAGGUGAGAAGAAACAAGUUGCCUCCUAG